UCUAUCUGAGAAGCGAUGGCUUGCAGCACGGUCUCACUGUUGUGGUCUCUUCCCACUCUUCGUUUUCUUUCAUCUGAAAAACCAACUCCUACCUGUUACGGCCUUCCUCCUCACAAUCAUUUUGUCAAACACUUCUCCUACGCCACUAACCUUAAUCGCAACUCCAAAUUCAGAACUCCACAAGCCGUUCUCGAUACCUCUCCCAUAACCCCAACACCGCUCACCACUUCCACUCUCAGAGAAUUAUGCCAAGCUCACGUUCCUCAACAUAUAUUGCAAAGGAUGGAAGAGAUUGGAUAUGUAAUGCCCACAGAUAUCCAGAGGGAAGCUUUGCCUUACCUUUUUUCCGGGCGUGACUGCAUUCUUCAUGCUCAGACAGGUUCUGGGAAGACACUCACAUACCUGCUUUUGAUUCACUCCCUCAUCAAUGCUGCAAAAUCCUCUGUGCAAGCCCUAGUUGUUGUGCCCACCCGGGAACUCGGAAUGCAAGUCACUAAGGUCGCCAGGGCAUUGGCUGCAAAGCCAACUGGAGUUGUUGGGGAGCAAAAGUCAUGUUCCAUCAUGGCUCUGCUAGAUGGAGGAACACUAAAAAGACACAAGACUUGGUUAAAGGCAGAGCCACCAACAAUAGUGGUUGCAACAGUUGGGAGUUUAUGCCAAAUGCUUGAAAGACAUACUUUUUCGCUUGAAACUGUGCGUGUGCUGAUUGUUGACGAGGUUGACUGUAUUUUCAAUUCUUCAAAGCAAGUGAGUUCUCUUCGAAAGAUUUUGACUUCAUAUUCAUCUUGCAAUAACCGUCAGACAAUCUUUGCCAGUGCAUCUAUACCACAGCAUAACCGAUUUAUUCAUGACUCUGUGCAGCAAAAAUGGACAAAGAGAGAUGUGGUCCAUAUUCAUGUCAGUGCAGUGGAGCCCAUGCCAUCUCGCCUAUAUCAUAGAUUUAUAAGAUGUGAAACCAAAAGAAAAUUACAAACCCUGUUAUCCUUGUUACAAUCUGAUGCACCUGAGUCUGGUAUUAUAUUUGUUGCUGAGCAGUCUGAGAAGUCCAAAAAGGCUGGAAAGGCUCCAUCAACAUCCCUUCUGAUUGAUUUUUUGAAGACAUCAUACCAAGGUGAUUUGGAUGUCCUCCUCCUUGAAGACAAAAUGAAUUUCAAUUCACGAGCAGCUUCACUGUUGGAGGUUAGAAAAGGAGGUGGCUAUCUUCUUGUAGCAACAGAUAUAGCUGCUAGGGGGGUUGACCUUCCAGAAAUGUCUCACAUUUACAACUUUGAUCUGCCAAGGACUGCUGUUGAUUAUCUUCAUCGAGCAGGCCGAACAUGUAGAAAGCCCUUUUCUGACAUCAAUUGUAGUGUUACCAGCAUUAUUGUUCCAGAUGAGCGAUUUGUUCUGCAGAGAUAUGAAAACGAGUUGAUGUUUGACUGUGAAGAGCUUAUUGUUCCAUAAACCUUGAGCUUAUUAAUAUAAAUACGGUGUGCCUCAAAUUGACUGUA